UUAGAAAAAUAAUACUCCGUAUAUAAUUUAACGUAAACAAAUUCUGAAUCGCCCAAAAGCACCAAAUACCGAUCGGUCUUCUUUGUCUUUCACUCCUCCGCAUCGCCGCCGAACAAGGAGGCGAGAAGAAGAAGGCGAGGAGAAGAAAAGAAAGGAGGAAGCUCCAGGCAGCAAAGAAUUGAAAUUUGAAAGAGUUUGUGGCUAUAUACACAACACAAAACCAAACCAAGGAAAUUCAGUAACAAAGCUCUGAAAUUAGGUGAACUUGAUGGCAUAAUGAGGGAGAAAUACAGUAGGCAAUUAUCGCACAAUUGAAGGCUCUCCUGAUGCAAGGUGCUGCUUAACUAGGAUAUUUUUCUAUGCUGCCUACAGUAAUAGAAAAUAUGGGCUUACUUUGCAGCAGACACAAACAUUUUAAUCAAGCUGAUACUGAAGAAAUUGUGCAGACUGAAGAAAUUGAAAGGCGGAUUGAGCAAGAAACAAAGGCAGAUAAACAUAUUCAGAAACUACUUCUACUUGGUGCUGGAGAGUCAGGGAAGUCUACUAUUUUUAAGCAGAUAAAACUUCUGUUUCAAACUGGCUUUGAUGAGGCAGAGCUAAAGAGCUAUAUCUCAGUCAUCCAUGCCAAUGUGUAUCAGACAAUAAAAAUAUUGUAUGAUGGAUCAGAGGAAUUGGCUCAAAAUGAAGCAGAUUCCUCGAAGUAUGUUUUAUCUGCUGAAAAUAAGGAAAUUGGAGAGAAACUAUCAGAAAUUGGAGGCAGGUUUGAUUAUCCACACCUCACGAAAGAGCUUGCGCGGGAAAUAGAAACUCUCUGGAAAGAUGCUGCUAUUCAGGAAACAUAUUCUCGUGGUAACGAACUUCAAAUUCCAGACUGUGCCCAUUAUUUCAUGGAAAAUUUGCAAAGAUUGUCUGAUGUAAAUUAUGUUCCAACAAAGGAGGAUGUUCUAUAUGCUAGAGUUCGCACAACUGGUGUCAUAGAAAUCCAAUUCAGCCCAGUUGGAGAGAACAAAAAAAGUGGUGAAGUAUAUAGACUCUUUGAUGUUGGAGGCCAGAGAAAUGAGAGAAGAAAAUGGAUUCAUCUAUUUGAAGGUGUUACAGCUGUGAUAUUUUGUGCUGCUAUUAGCGAGUACGAUCAAACACUAUUUGAGGAUGAAAACAAGAACCGAAUGAUGGAGACCAGGGAACUCUUUGAGUGGGUCUUAAAACAACCAUGUUUUGAGAAGACAUCAUUCAUGCUAUUUCUGAACAAAUUUGAUAUAUUUGAGAAGAAGGUUCUAAAUGUGCCUCUGAAUGUAUGUGAUUGGUUCAAAGAUUAUCAGCCUGGUUCAACGGGUAGACAAGAGGUUGAACAUGCAUAUGAGUUCGUCAAGAAGAAAUUUGAGGAGUUGUAUUUUCAAAGCACUGCCCCUGAUCGCGUGGAUCGGGUCUUUAAGAUUUAUAGAACAACGGCCCUUGACCAGAAGCUUGUGAAGAAGACUUUCAAACUGGUAGACGAGACUUUGAGAAGGAGAAACCUUUUUGAAGCAGGCUUAUUAUGAAAGUGGAUUGAUGAUCCUAGGAAAAAAAAGGUCUAUUUUUGAGAACUAUAUCAAAAUUUUGACAUUGAGGUCAGAACAAUCCUUCAUAGACAACUGGCAUAUCAUAUUCCACAGGUUUAAAAAGUUUUGGAAUCCCAUUUGUUAUAGGCGUUUGUAACAGAAAGUUAAUAUUUCAACCCUGUUAUUCUUCUUGGAUGGUGCUUAGUCUGGAAGAACACCCCCAGAAAGAAUUUGUUCGAGUCUUUUGUGGGUUUUAGACCAGAAUUUGGGUCAAACACAAGAUGCUGACUUUGUAUUCUUUUACGCUGCAUCAUAUAUGAUCAUUCAUUCCAAGCUUUUAUGGAA